GAACGGAUCACUCUCGAAGUAAAGACGUCAAAAGUGUUCGCAGCUCGUUCGUUCGACGAAGGGCUCGAAAACUGCACAUACACGACGACGAUGAUCACAGUGUCCAUUCAGAAAACGGAAAAUUGGAACUUGAGCCCCGUUUUUUUCGCAAUAUAAUAUCGGAAUCGAACUAGUGCGGUUUGUAUCUCGAAGGAAGUGCGUAGGUAUUUUCGUGUACGUGUUCUUUGUCGAUUUCGAGGCCGGAGUCCGUCGCGAAUGAUUUUUGUCAACUCCGGAACAUAUCGAUGGAAAUGUGCUAGAAAACGUAGUUUCGUGUGGCAGAGUGGGAUGCAACAUACGAUUGAGUGCGUGGAUGAAUGCAAAAGAAGUGACAAGUAAGAAAGAAAAAAGUUUCUUCGAGGCUGCCUGGCCGUGGAUUGUGUAUGUGUGCAGUUGUGCACAUACGUUUUUGAUUAAUCAAAACCAAUAAUAUUUGUGAAAUUCCUGGUCGGGUAAAAAGUGACCAUUACCAGUGGUACGAGGAUUUUUUUUUGGCUGGGUCGAGCUGGCUAGAUUAGAUAAGGUGUUUGAUUAAGGUGAACUAUUUGUUUCCCGGAAGAAGACUUAAAAUCCCCAGCAGGACGGUUCACCUUUUUGGCACGGAGCUGGAGUCGAACGGAGAUAAAAUUUUGCAUCAUCAGCUCCAGCAGCCCGAGGACGGUGGAGUUGGCGGAGGUGGAAGCGGCAGCAGUAGCAGCAACAGGAGGGAAGGCCGCAAGACGAAACCAGGUGUUUCCUGAAAAAUGCCCCCACCGCCACCGCCGCCGGGGCCUCCGCCACCACCGGGGCCACCGCCCCCGCCGGCGAUGAAAGUAGGUGGCGGAAUGCCGUCGGCCGAUGGACGAAACGCACUGCUGCAGUCCAUCCAGAAGGGCGCCAAGCUGAAGAAAACGGUCACGGUGGAUAAAAGUGCACCGAUGAUCCAGGGUAAGGUGGCGGCCCCGGUAGCUAACAAUCAUCGUGGACCAGCGCCUUCGGCAGGCGACACCAACGGCGCAGUAGGAGGAGGCCCUAAGUUGGGCGGAAUCUUCGAAGGUCUUUCAUCGAUGCCGAAACUCAAACCGGUCGGCAGUAGAGGAGCACAAUCAACAGCAGGAACAACUAGCAAUAAGUCACCAUCGCCGGAGAAUACGAUUAAAAACAACAACCGGUUAGGUGGUGGGGUGAGUGGAGGCGGAGCAGUUGACUUUGCCGAUGAGCUGGCGGCCAAAUUGACGCUCAAGAAGCAGAAACAUAGUAACAAUAGUAUCAACAGUAGUAGCCACAAUGCCAUCAUCAACCACAACAACAACAGCCACCAUGUGCCGGUGACGGAAAAUAAUCUGCGGACAAAUCGAGGACCCCCACCGCAGCCCCCGGUGCAGCUGAAGAAUGCCAAUGAUUCACCCCAGGGGAAGUCGAGUUAUUCCAGUCAAAAAAGCCAAGCACCCGCAACGCCGAGUCCUUCACCGGCUUCGCCCUCGAAUGGAGCAACAGCAGCAUCGGUUACUAGUCCCGCCGGAAGCAACAACCAUUUGCAACCGAACAAAUCGACCCUCUUCGGUGGUGGUGGUGGUGGCGGCAGCAACGUCAGCAGCAGUAGUGCUAAUUCGUCAGCGUCGGGAAGUCCGGUGCCACCGGUUUUUUCACAGACGAAGCCAGUACCGAACCAUGGUAAACCAAAUCUGGCCCCGAAACCACCGGGAAUGCAGCUGAACACCAGUGGCAGCGGUAACGGUACCAAUCGCAACAUGGUCGGUAGGCAUCACAGCAUGAGGAGCCCCAGAUCACCGCCAGUGGCACAAACUGGUCCCAGCUUUCCGAAUCAUUUCGGAACGUUACGAGGUCCUCCAUCGAGCUUUCAAUCGUCUGAGUCGAUUUCCAGGCAAAAUAAUUUGAUUGGACGACCAGCAGCACCGCCUCCCAAACCGCCGGUAAUGAAACCUCCGCCGCCACCACCGGUUCGAAGCGUGUCGAACACAAACCUGACGCAUUUACCAAUGAGCUUGGCCCCGGAAGCACCGGAGCCGAAUUUCGGUUCCGCAAACAACGUGGCCAGUGCCGUCGCAGACGAGCUCAAGUCGAAGCUAGUCAACAGCGGAUCGGCGAAUAAUGUCGCAACGAUCACCACCUACACCACCUCUUCCAAUUCGACCAUUUCUACCAGCCAGCUCAGUAUUGCCAGCACCAAAACGCUCAGCAGUGGCAGCAUGAAGACGACAGCGGCACCUCCGUUGCCACCCCAUCGAACCUGUCCGGCACCUCCACCACCUCAACUCAAUACCAGCACCAACAGCAAUAGCGGAGGUAGUGGCGAGGCACCACCCCAGCCGCCUCAGCGAAUUUCCUCCAUCCGGCAGCAGCAGCUUCAACAACAACAGCAGCAGCAGUUACUCUCCAACGCCAACAGUUCUAGCAAUAUCAUUAACAACAGUAGUAGUCCGCAGAGCUCAAACUUGCAACGAAAGGAAACCAUGCUGGGAGCCGCGAAUGCCGCCGGAACGGUCGGCACCGAACGACGAAAGAUGAUUCCACUGCAGGAGAUUGAUCUAGAGGCUAAAUACUCGUUCUAUUUCCGAAAGGUAACCGAAUUUUCGGCUCCGAUUCCGUUUCUCAACGUGGCCAAAACCUACCCGAGUUCGAUGCGGCAACAGCAGCAGCAGCAACAGCACCAGUAGAGACGGGUAGCAGCGCUCAGUUUUGGGGAUGUGUAGCAAUCGUUUCGAUCUGGGUGAGAGUGGGAAGCAGUGUCAAUCCAACCUCUGCAUUUUCCUCCGUAGGCACAGUUUAAAAAUGUACGUACCGUUCGACAAACAUAAUAAUCAAUUGGAACCAGCAGAGCAAAUAAUGAAGGCAUAUUUAAUAUAAUUAAUGCUACACGAUGAUCAUAUCAAAGUUUACAAGAAGAAGAAAAACAGCAACAACAGUUGAACCCUUCCCUUCUAGCAACAAUAAUAUCCGAACACUGUCUCCAAAAACCCACAGUCGGUCAAACAAUUGUAAAUAUAGAAGCUGUUUAGAACACCAAUCACUAACUUAUGAAAAAAAAAACGUUGACUUUUGACUGUGUAGGCGAACUUAAAUGAGAUCAAAUAUUUAGGGGAGUCUGUUUUCUCCACCGUAGCAAAAAAAAAAACAAA